CAAUCUGAUUGGACGGGCAAGAGAGAGCCUAGGAGCACAUGGGGGACCCUUCAGGAGAGAGGGUGGUUUUGCCAUCUGAUCUCGUCCUCGUCCCGUUGCACCAUCGCCCCGAUCUGACGGCAUCCUGCGCUGAACUCCUGAACCAGACAUGGCGCAGAAGUCUGGGUGCCCGAAUGCACUCGUUGGAGCGUUCAAGCGAUGAUUUCCCCGUGUGUCUCGUGCUCGUCAGAGUUUCUGGUGGCCCGGUCCUCGGCCAUGUCCGCCUCUGCAAAGUGAUAGGACUGUCGGACAGCCUUUUUGUGGAGUCCGUGGUGGUCAGCGAAGAGUUACGCGGGAAAGGUUACGGGCGGAAGCUGAUGGAAGCCACUGAGAACUACGCUAGAAGAAGAGGUUUCCGAAACCUUCACCUUACUACCCACGACAAGCAGUACUUCUAUGCACACCUGGGGUACACGCUGUCCGGGCCUGUGCAGAACAUGGGCACACUGGGCACAUUGCUGCCUUCGGGAAUGUUUCAGGGCGCGAUGAAGACUGACUUCACCUCAGUUAAGAAACCUCAAUCACCCCUACGCCCAGCAUUUCCUUCUGCGCCCCCUCUACCCCCUUCUGUAUCACCACCAUCUGUUAUCACACCUCUACUUCCUUCUGUAUCACCACCAUCACCUCCACCUUCUGCAGCCUUUACUUCUGAAUCCCACCAUAGUAAUAUUUCAUCUCCGUCUCCAUCACCCCCUAAUAUUUUAUCUUCCUCAGCACAACCGUCAACUCUCCCUGCUCCAUCUCCACCACCUCCACCUCCUCUUCCCUCUUCACUAUUACACACAAAAUGUCUCGUUCCACCAGCUCCUGUUUUCACCGCACCUUGUUCAACGUCCGCCAUGCCGCCACCUUCCUUUCCUUCAUCUGGUGUUCCUCCUCCUCCUGUCCCUCCUUCCCUGCCUUCAUCUGCACUCCCUCCACAUCCAGUGUCUUUACGUAGCCCUCACCCCCAAGAAGAAGGACAGGACGGAACUGCAUGUAGUUUACAAACCCAGUAUCGGGAUUUCCGUGGGCAGCCGAUAUUCUGGAUGAAAAAGCGCCUCUGUGAAGGCGUGUGA